AUGGAGGAGGAGAUGGAGACGCUGCGAGCGCGGGUGCGAGCGUUGGAGACGGAGAGGGCGUCGACGGCGGCGACGAUUUCGGGGUCGCAGACGCGGAUGAAAUCGCCGAGGCGGGAGAUACUCGCGCCGGACUCACCGGACGAUGGCGACGGACUGUCGCCGUUGUCGUACGAGUUAUCGCCGCUGUCGACGUCGGAAAUGACGCCACCGCCGCGGUGUGCGCUGGAAGAGGAAGAGGAGGCGGCGCAGACGCCUAGAGCGUUUCUCCCGCCUCGACCGCCGAGUCGCGAAGGAUCCGGCGGUGACGAUAGAUCAUGGGUGGAGGCGUGGGAGCGCGCGCAGUUGAACAAUCCCGCGGCGUCGUUGCCGACGAGCCUCCGACCGGGACAAGGGUUUGUGUGUCCGUUUACUGGAAACGUCGUGCACAAGACGCCUUGA